CGACUGUUUUUGGGUUUUUGAUUUCCUGGGACAGAGGGUCAUCGACAACGACGAGGACAGCGACGAGCAACUCGGUGGAACCGGUGAGAUGAGCCGGGCCGACUCUCCGCCGGGGUUGGACGACAUCCUCGCGUCGCCGGCGCCACACUCGCUGCCAGAGAACACACAUAUGAGGGCACCCACCCACGCCGACUCGGCGUCCCCACAGCCCAUCCACGACUCUGACAGAUCUAACAUCCGGACCACGGUCACAGAUAUGCUACAUGACGACCAACACUCGCAGCUGACACCCAGAGAGAAACAGCUGACAGACAUGGUCCUCCGAUUAACAGACACGCCCAUCCCAGACACAGACCAGCUCACUCGACAAGCAGAUACGAUCGUCUCACUCACAUUCCACCGGGACCUGCUACUCCAUCAGGCAGAGGAACAGAGACUCAGGUGGGCAGCGGAGCGUGACGGAUGGACCAGGAUGGCAGAGGCACUCAUAGCCCGACAAUCCAAACAUCGCACUACUAACCCAGACAGAGAAGACGACAUCGAACAUCUCAAUACUUCACUCGAAUCGGAAAACAAAACCCUACGUCAGAAGCUCACCGAAACACAAUCUCGACUACAACUUCUCGAAGCUGAACUGACCCGUCUACGCCCCCUACUCCUCAUGCAACCGCUCCAAUCCAGUAUCAUCGUCCCCCCUUCUUCCUUGACGGCCACACCGCAACGACCCAAACACCCACAGCGGAAACGGAGAAAAGACCAGCUACAGAGUAUCCCUGAAGAUGAGACGGCAUUAGACAUAAGCGACGACGACACCGUAACCGCAACGGCCCCUCCAUCCGGCGGAUUAGACACCGUCACCACGCCAACACCUUCCCUCCCCUCCCAAUCCACCCCGACCCCUAAAUCCAAGUCGCGUAGACAAGACUCCUCGACAAGCAUAUUCCUCCAACAACAACUAACAAAACCGUCCCGCGGUCUCAGCGCAGAUGCCCGCGUCGAACAUCUCCUCCUUGCAGCGCGCAAAGUAGGCAAGGAACGCGCGACGGCUUUAUCAGGUAUGUUGCAACAGUUGGAAGAACGCGAGAAGGAAAGAGAACAGGAGAAAAGACGGGAAGAGUUUAUCGCCUCCACAGCGGCUGGUGUGACACCCAAAACGCCGAAACGAGGUUCUGCCGCCACCGCCAGCGCAGGAGGUGGUGGCGGUGUAACCGCUAACACGGGCACAGGUGUUGCGUUCCCAGGGUACCCGCUGCCCACUGAAGGAGGAUAUAUAUAUGUCAGUACUCCAUCCUUUAGACCUCCAACCACCCAAAUGCAUAGCACAACGACGGCCCCGUCUGCGACUCCCGCAGGUUCAUCAAAGGGAUCAGGAGGGACAGCCGCUCACCCAAUCCCAGUAUUCGUCCCUGCGUAUCCACAUCCCAUCUUUCAAACUCCCACCUCCUCAUCUACGGCAAGGACGAGGGUAGCCGGCACCUCUGCUGCGUCCGGUACGUCGGGUCCAUCUGGUGCGUCUGGUGCAUCGUCGAAGCAGCAGCAGCAGCAGCAACGCGAUACGAGAAUUCAAAACCCCCACACCCCUCUUGAUUCGUUGUUGAGCGCUGCGAGGUCGAUGAUGCAGGGCGGUGACACCAGUGCCGGAGGUGGAGGUGGUAGAGGAGAUGGAGAACACGAUACUUCUACCGACGAUCAGCCCUUCCAAAUGGCUGGCUCGCGCAGAUCAGCACUUGUACUCCACGACGACGACAUGGUCGUACCUGACAGUCCUGUCCCGAAACGGAGAAAAUUGACGUCGAGGGAAGAUAUGGGUAGCCUUAUCCCAGCUAGCAAUGCAACGACCGCGGGUGCCAGUAAUGCUGCAACAGGAAGGGUGAGAUCGGCACUGGACGUUCUUGCUGAUCAAGCUGCCGCUUUUAGCCCGCAGGAGGUGGGCUCUCGGACGACAACCACCACGGGAACGGGCACAUACACUUCCAACCCGAGGAAGGGGAAAGGAAAGGAGAGGGAGACUAAGGAUAAGACGGCCCGUGUGUCGGGUUUCUCGAAUUCGAGGAAGAAAAAGGGUAAAGAGCGGGAGAAAGUGAGAGGCGACGAAUCGGAGUCGGAGGAGCACACGGGAAGCGAAUCCACCAGCUCAGAGAAAGACAGCGGAGGGACGAGAAGUGGCAAGGCAAAGAGUCGAAAACGGGGCAGUGAGACGGAGAAACCGCCCCCGACUCGAUCUCGGACGCCCGAGUCGGUGAGGGAGGAAACUCCCGGGCCGCGUGGUGGCAUGAAGGAUAAUGGGUCGAUAGGAGAUGUCUCAGCGGAGGUAUCAAAGGGAGCAUCGCAAGACGGGUCGAGGGCCAUAACGGAUGGAUCGAGGACGGAUGUACCUGGGGAUCCUGGGGGUGGAGAAGACGCGACGACACCCAAACCUAAACCUAACCCUUCUCCACUGGUUCGAGGUGAACAGGCAGAAGUAUAUUCUGCUACAACUUCAACGAACCGUACUUCGCCGGCAGCACCCAUUCCGAGACCCGUACCAUCACCAAUCGCAUUGACCUCGCAAACCCUGUCACAGACGCAGUCACACAUGCUAUCAUCUAUUCCGCUCCCUUCCCUACAUACGCAUAUACCUCCUUCAUCCGCUGCAACACCUUCGACGUCGGCAUCGAGUCGCGAGAGUUCACCGCUGGACAUGUACACAAGACAACAGCUGGGACCGCAUCCGUCGGUGACUGGGCUGGUGCCACCAGUCUCGGUGCUGGGUGGUACUUCAAGUGGAUCUUUGAUACACACAGAGGGUGGCGAUACAUCGACCCAGAGUCAACCUGCAACCGAUCCUUCCACUCAGCCUGCGAGCGGUGCCCGUGCUUUGAGCCAGACAAGGGAUGGUACACCAUCGACUCAAACAACGACAACCGGUACACCGAUCCAAACAGCACGUAACAAGACAGUCGCUCGUGUAGCCAACCAAGACACUACCGCUGCCACCUCCAAACGACAGCGCAGUCCAUACAUGAAAUGGAGCAAGGAAGAGGACGAAUUGUUAACGCAGGCUGUUGCCAAGUACGGACAGAAAUGGGAUCUGGUGCAGAAAGCGUUACCGUCGAGAGGGUAUCAUCAAGUAAGGCAGAGAUGGUUGCGUAAGUUGGGUGUAUUUGACUCCAAACCAGACCUCUCAUCUUUCCAGACGGGUUCAUUGACCUCCCCGUUAACGUCUUCUAUGGCAUCCUGGUCCUGGCGCCCAUCGGAGCCUCCUCCCAAUCCCAAAUUGGGCCUUGCACCGCUGAGCAGCGAGCUAAUGUUUUCGUCAUCGUCUUUGCCAACGAGAGGUGGUGGUGGUGGUGGUGCAGCCGGGUCUAGGGUACCAUGAGGUGAGGUACGCCCGUCCGCUUUACCCGUUGGCAUCCCACAUGCAUAUGGGGCUCCGCUUCGUCAUUCGUUCCUCCCCCCACAUGCCGCACGGUAACGUCUAGAAUGGGUUGUCCUCCUUUUUUUACACACCUUAUCCCGAGUGGUGGGAUUUUAUCUGAGAAUUGUUGCUGCGCUGCUGCUGUAUUUUUUUUUUUUCUUUGUUAGAUCUCGAAGUUAAUUGAAAGGGGAUGUAUGUAUGUGCCGCAUAUGUCAUGUAUGAGAAUCGUUGAAUCAUUACUAGAUACGCGUGUAUUUUAUAUAUAUAUAUACAUAUACAUAUAUGUUAGUUGGAAAUGGGUGCUCUCGUGUUGGCGUGUACUUAGAUACUUGCUCGACGCCGGAAUUUGGCGGUCGGUGCAUGUUCAGCGGAGUGACAGUGGUCAUAGGUAGUCGCUGUGGAAGCAAGGUAUGUUGAUCAGCGACUUAGUUGUGCUCA